AUGCGAUUGAGGCAGAAGAAGGACUCUUCGAAGCGUAGAUCCAAUAGAAUUGAAGGCCUUCAAUCAUCCUUAUCGCACUAUGAGCUCACUGGCGGAGGAAAACAGAACUCGGAUUACAGAAAGCAACCCAAAUCACGCAGCCAGGAGAGGCCACGCUCCGAAGGUUUCGGUGAUGCUGACCCAGCUGGUUUUCCUUUGACGGUGUCAACGAAAACGGCCGAAACCGAGACGGUGAAGGUGGAAUGUGGUGGAGGUCGGGCGGCCGAGGACAGCGGUAUAUCUUGUCGUUCUGGAAACACUUGGCGAUCACGAGGUUCUUCCGCUGCACGUUCUGCUGUUCCCGCUGGAACUGUUGAUUCCUUCGGUGCCAUUGAAUCCUACAAGAAAUUGGAAGUUCUGGGUGAAGGUUCCUAUGCAACGGUGUAUCGCGGAUUUUCCCACCUCACAAAUCGGGUAGUCGCUGUAAAAGAAAUUCGAAUUAAUCAGGAGGAAGGAUUGCCGUUCACCGCCAUUCGAGAAGCAUCACUUUUGAAAUCCCUUCGUCACGCAAAUAUAGUGACACUUCACGAUAUUGUCCACACAAAAUUAACACUCAAUUUUGUCUUCGAAUAUGUGGUACGUUCUUUAUCGUUCUCCAUCGUUAUAUUGGAUUCAGACUUGAGUCGGUUAAUGGAGAAAAAUCCUAAAGGUCUGAAAUCUCAAAACGUACAAGCUUGCGAAAAGCGUGCCACUGUGCUUAAAGUGCGGAUAGAAGCGCUUCCUUUCCAGUUGCUUCUUUAUCAACUUCUUCGUGGCUUGGCUUACUGCCACGACAGACGGAUAUUGCAUCGCGAUUUAAAGCCCCAAAAUAUUCUCGUUGCUGCCAAUGGAGAGCUGAAGUUGGCAGACUUUGGUCUAGCAAGAGCCAAGUCAGUUCCAAGUCACACGUAUAGUCAUGAGGUGGUCACAUUGUGGUAUCGUCCUCCCGAUGUUCUCCUGGGUUCUACAAAUUAUACAGCGUCGUUGGAUAUAUGGGGUGUCGGCUGCAUUUUUCUGGAAAUGCUCUCAGGCGAUGCAACUUUUCCGGGUGUGGCUGACGCCGUUGAUCAGUUGGACAAAAUCUUUCGAUACAUGGGUACACCAACAGAAGAAACAUGGCCGGGAGUAUCAAAAUUGCCCAAAUAUAAGAAUCUUCUCGGUAGUUCAGCACAUCAUCGACGCCAUAGGCACAAACAUCAUCAUGGUCACGAUCACCAUGAUCAACACUAUCAUCAGUCUCAGCGCCGUGGUGGGAGUCGAAGUGGAAGUAGUGGAUUGUUGUGGCAUAUGGGAAAACCACUGGAUCGAGUUGUGCCCAGACUGGGACAUAUCGCGCACGCCACAGCGCUAGCGACUGCGCUUCUGCAACUGCCUCCGGAAAGAAGAAUUACUGCUCGGGCUGCUCUACGACAUCCGUACUUUACCGUCUCUUUGCCUACUGCUCAACUUGCCUGUCUUCCUGAUACUAUGUCAAUUUUCACCAUUGCCGGUUUGAGAAUGACAUCAGAAGGCUCUCCUAAAGGAUAUUCUCGAAACGGAGGCAAGUCCCACAAGCAUCUCUCUUACAAUGAUAAUCCCAAUGCGUCAAGUGAUAGUUCAACCACGACAAUCUCCUCUACCUCUUCAAAUACCUCAAUUUCUUCUCACGGACCCCCAGGAUCUCAGGUCGGCAAUAGACCGACUACCUCUUUGGACGAUGAACGUGGACACAAGGAACCCUUCCCCCCACAUCCAGCUUCCUCUCAGUGUUCGAGCACUAUUCACCCGCCUGCUCCACCAAUAUGGCCUCCUUAUCCACUCUACCCACCUCAUUCUCACUUGAAUAUACCCCCUCCACCCGCUUCUCAAACAUCUCAGGCCUCUCAAACGUCCACAGAUGUUGGACAACCAUUCUAUCCGUUCUAUUGUCUUCCCGCUGCUUACAUGCAGCCGCCUGCUUCCUCGACUGGUGGUACAACCCAACAACAGCCACCGAAUUUCAUUCCCUUUCCAAUAAGACCCAUGAUGGCACCGUGCAUUCCGGCUUAUCCUAUGCCUUCUAGUGCUACUGGAUCAGUGGACAAUUCAGCGGUGGAGGCAAUGGGUUUGACGCAUAAAUCUAUGCCACCGAUGAGCUUUCCACCUACUUCUCCUGAUGUGGUUUGGAUGGUUCCAUGGAUUGUAAGUCUUUUAAAGAUGCGUUUUAAAUAUCUGCGCGAAAAUAUGGUUGGUUUCGCUCUUUGA